UCCACUCUCUCCGUGUGGAACCCAUCAAGCCAAAAAAGUCUCGAUUUCUUUCGUUAGUUUAGUCAGUCAAGUUGUGAUUGAGUAAAUCAGAGUUGAUUUUUUGCCCUAUUUAUCUACAUUCCUGAUCAAACUAUUUCACCUUCUUCUAUCUGAUACGUUUUAAUUUAGGGUCGUAAUGUUGAUACAGAGUGGCACAGUGACACAUUGAAAUAGUAAUUUCAACCAAAAAUAUAAAUUGUAAUAAAAAUAUUUACGACUUUGUAAACGUCCUCCGAUUUUUUUUAUGUUAUGAGAGACGAUGAGUGGGAAAGGAGAACCAUUCGUGCAAGAAAUUAUAAGUUUACACACUUCUGGAAACUUUAAAGGGAUAUUAAAUCUCAUCCAGGACGUGUACGAAGCAUCGUCUCAGGACAAAGCCAAAAUCCACUUGCUUCAUUUGAUUUCUUGGCCCACACCCACCGAGAAGGAUUUGAGCUGCUUGGCCGCUGCGAUUUUCUCCCUCAAGGUAUCGCACAUUCAUUCAAUCGGAUGUGGUACAGGGCUGUUGGAAUGGCUCUUAUCGAAAUACCUCCUCAAACACUAUCUCGAGGCUAAUACAGAUUACGAGAGAAAGAUCGAGGUCACGGGAAUCGAAGCCGACUUCCGCUGGUGGACAAGCUCCUACUCACCCCCACAAUUUAUUCCGCUCCAAUUCGUGGGGAAAGACUUUGCGAAAGAAAACCCGUUCGCGGAAUUUGAUGACAUGGUCAUGUUCUGCUAUUGCAACAGCGUCGCAUUAUUUCGGACUUACGUGGGAGCUUUUCUGGGAACAUAUGUCCUCAUCAUUGGACCCUUGUCCUCCACCUCGUAUGAACUGAUUUGUGAAAGUGAGAAUUUUGACGAAGACUUGAACGGAGUGGAUCUCCCGGAAACGUUUAAUUUACCGAAAGCAAAUUGGAAGCUCAUUCUGUUGAAAAGAUUCGGCCUUGUGAAAACCGAUCAUGUUGCAGUUUAUAAACGGAUUGAAAAGGCGUUUGAGCCACCUCGAAGAAAAAUAAACGGAGCAAGAACUCACUAAAGUUUACCUUGAUACUUCGCAUAGGGCAUAAAUAUGUAUGCUAAUGAAAAUAUUUAUAUUGCGUAAUUUGUUUAAAAUGUAUGCAUGUGCAUAUAAAUAAUAAUUAAAAUUGAACUUUCCUGUAUGUUUACUGUUAGAUGUACCAUGUUUCAAUUUUCUACAAAGUUAUUCUCGUUACACGUGAUUGUCCUGAUUUAUUCUUUUAUUUUGAUUGAUGUGAGCUUACGUUAUGUGUUAUAUUUAUUAUGUAGGAAACUGUGCAUAGGAAAUAAAGUAUAUUUGUGUCUA